CAAGAAGGCUCACUUUGUGCUCAACAUUGCCUGAAUAAUUUAUUGCAAGGAGAAUAUUUUAGCCCUGUGGAAUUAUCCUCAAUUGCACAUCAGCUGGAUGAGGAGGAGAGGAUGAGAAUGGCAGAAGGAGGAGUUACUAGUGAAGAUUAUCGCACGUUUUUACAGGUUAUAAGCAAUGCCUUGAAAGUUUGGGGUUUAGAACUAAUCCUGUUCAACAGUCCAGAGUAUCAGAGGCUCAGGAUCGAUCCUAUGUAA